GAGCGUUGAAUGAUGCUUUUGGCACGCCAGGUGCUGAUGCAACUUGUGCAACGUUGCACUCGGCUGAUGAAUGGUGGAUGAAGUUAAAGAAUCGUAUUGCCGCUCAAGCGACUAGGGACAGAAAGAAGUUGGCGCUGUGUAAGUUAGAAGAACAUCUCUGCCAAUUGGAAGUAGAAAACGAGUCAUUGGAAAUUGAAAAUGCAGAGCUGAAAAAAAUGAAUAAAUUGUUACACGAAGAAAAUCAGGUUUUGAAGUCCCAGUUAGAAGAGCUCAGAGCGAAACAGUCAUCUGAAGUCGUCUGCCCAGCUUCGGUGUCCAGUCAGAACAAAGCUAUUGAAUCUGCAGCAUUCAUUAAUGCGCCUCUGCCGAAGGAGCAAGUUCUGUUCUACUGGACAUUGAUAUGGAUGAUCUCUUGGCUGGGCUUAAGGGCAGCGAUAGCGCCGACGAGUUUAGAUCUGUUGUCACGCCCGAAAGCUUCGAUGUCAAAGAGGAAGCGAUUCGCCGUGACCGUUGUUCGCUGUUUACAGAUAUCGAAUUUGGCGACUAGCCGCGCCGAAAGCUCCAAUGGCGUAUCGCAAACCGAGAGUUGUAAUGGAGAUGCCGCCGUGAUCCACGACCAUGGCUACGUGAACUCUAAUACAUACGUUAAUGUGUCACAGUCAUGUACAGCUGUUUAUGUACAGACCGAAACAACGUCCAGUAGUAAUAUGGUUGGUGCCAAUGAAGAAUGUUUGUCCGUUGAGGAUGUGGAUGUGUCCGGUUCCAGUCCUGUUGUUCCAGAUCCAGUUAUGUUCGACGAAGACUCACUAUAUAAGCAAUAUGCCGAUGUCCUAGAGUUUAUACAGUUGAAAGAAAAUUCCAUAGGCAAGAGCCUAGCUGUUACUGAGCAAGAAAAUGAUAUUGUUUUAGGUGUCAUCGUCAUCUUCGAUUUCCGGCAUCGGAAAGCGCAAUAUGGCCGCAACCCCGCUGAGCUGCCCCAGCUGUUCUCCGGAAAUAUGUAAGC